UUACUUAAGCCAUACUGAUCAUGGAUGGAAUCCGUAUGUUACUAGCUGGAUUGGCACUAGUGAUAAUGCAACCGAAAAAGCUGCUCUUCUGGUACUGUUAAAUAAAUAUGUGCCCAUCUGUUUGGAAGUGCUUAAAACGAAAUUCAAAAUCGUAACACCCAUACCGGAAAUAAUGCACAAACAAAUGUUGUGUACGUUACUCGAUUGUCUUUCGCCUCCCAUCAAUUGUCCGCCGGAAACUGCUAGGGAUGUGUACGGAACAUAUUUUGUGUUCGCUUGUCUUUGGGCGUUUGGUUCAGCAAUAUUUCCAGAUCAGUUGAUUGAUUGGCGAGUUGAAUUUUCCAAAUGGUGGUUAUCAGGGUUUAAAACCAUUACAAUUUCAUCAUCAGGAAGUGUGUUAAAUUAUUUCAUCGACCCUGAACCAAAACAAUUUAUUCCUUGGUCAAAUCGUGUAUCAUAUUUCGAGCUUGUUCCAGAUACACGUCUACAACAAACACUCGUAAACCCAAUAGAAACAAAUAGGAUAAGAUAUUUCCACAACUUGUUGGUUGAUAAAAAAAUGGCAAUCAUGUUGGCUGGAGCCUAUGAUGAUAAACUCAAAUCACUUUAUAAUGAUUUGUACGUUGUUGCAAAUGUACCGCUUAAUUUCUACACAAUAUAUCUGGUACUUAAAAACUAAAAACCUAAAUCUGUACAUAUUUAGAUAGCUAUAUUUAUGAUUGAAGGUGUUCACCAGAGUAAUUAUUUUUAACUUUUAUUUUUAAUUAGACGUUUUGUAAAUAAAAACAAGUAAGACAUAAUUAGUUGUAAACUAUAUAUACUCUCUGCUUAUAUUUUUAUGAGUAUGAGUGAUGACUUUAUAGUUUUAUACUGCUAAUUGUUCUUUAAUAAUAUUAAUGAUAAUAUUUUCAAAAAUGGAUGUCUCUUAAAGCACACAAUCAUACAUAUUACUA